CGCACCGCCAUACUUACUUCAGCUGAGCGCUGAUCAUCCAUCAUGAUCAAGGGUCUUGAGACAGCCGCGGGAUCAGAUAUCCAACUCUUGUAGAUUUGGGCUAUGGAAACGCGGAACGCGGUAUAUUUAUUAUCUAGCACGAAUGUUACCCGUUAUACACCACCAACAUCACCCCUCGCUCUCACCUAUCCCUCAAAUAUGACCGUAGUCUCGAAUGAUCCCAGUUGGUGGCCGACUAUCAGUUCAAACAUUUUUUUCAGCUAUUGGCUAGUUGCCGGUAGCGUCGUGGUGGUAUAUGAUUGGGUGCUAACACUCGGACAAGAGAUUGAACUGAUUUGGAGGCACCGCUGGUCUCUCAUGACUGUGCUGUAUUCAGUCAUACGCUAUAUUGGAAUACCAUAUUCUGUUACCUAUGUUCUACCAAGUGUACCAUCGGUCUCGCUGACAGACACAGUGAGUAAUAUUACGAACUACGCAGUAAAUGUGACAAAUGUGGUCGUAUCUGCGACGUUAGGCGUCAUCAUGAUUGCUCGAUUGCAUGCCAUGUAUCAGAGAUCUAGAAUGAUGCUUGUUUUUCUUGUGAUUAUCUUCCUGGUUGUCACCAUCGCCUGCGGAGUAAUUGCGGCAAUAGGACUCGAGGAUACUGUAACGGAGGAGUGGAUAAUCUCUGGUACAUAUACGUGCAAUGCAGAAUAUGAGGGGGAUCUCCUGCUUCUGCCCUCGAUGGUUUGGAUGCUCACCACGGUUUGGGAGGUCCUCGCACUGUGCCUUGCAGUCUGGAUUGCUGUGAAACAGUUCCGUGACUUGCGACAACUUGGCUUAUCGACAGGAUCUCCCAUGGCGGACUGUUUCAGAGUGCUGAUGCAAUCUCAUGUGCUUUAUUUUGCAAGCUUUGUUAGUGUCUCUUGCCUCCAGCUUGGUUACUUCUCUCCAGAGCUCUCGAAUUCAAGUGCUAUUGGAACCCAGAUACUCGCUGGCGCUCUUGAAAUCUUAUUUGUCGUGCAGAUGUUUGUGCUGGGACCACGCCUCAUUCUUAGCGUUCGGGAAUAUAAUGCUAAGCUCGUGGCCGACUCCGAUGCAGAAAUUAGCAUGACUUCGAUUGUCUUCCAGGAGCAUGUACAUGAACCAACUAACAGUAUUGUGUAGGGAAAUGCUUGUCAAGUGGAAAGGUCUAGGGAAAUCUACUGGAAAAUAGCAGUGUACGAUACAUCUUGGCUCGCGCUGUGUAGUUGAUAUCUGUUAAAUAUAUGAGACGUC